AUUUUCCAUUCACUUUCCUCGUAAUAUAAGCCCCAAGUCGCAACUUGCUCUUCUUCUUCUUCUUCUUCCAAUUCCAAGCUGUAAUCGAAUCUCAAUAAAAAAAUCAACUCAAAUUCCUCUUCUCUCUUCUUCUGCUUCUUCCCUGGUUCAUCAAUGGCUUCCGGGGUAUCAGAAAACCUAACUAGAGAACAGUACGUGUACCUGGCGAAGCUCGCAGAACAGGCCGAACGCUACGAGGAAAUGGUCCGGUUCAUGGAGAAGCUCGUCGUCGGCGGCGCCGGUGCCGGCGCCGGCACGGAGCUCACCGUCGAGGAGAGGAAUCUCCUCUCCGUCGCCUACAAGAACGUGAUCGGAUCGCUCCGAGCGGCGUGGCGGAUUGUCUCCUCGAUCGAGCAGAAGGAGGAGAGCCGCAAGAACGACGACCACGUCUCACUCGUCAAGGACUACAGAUCCAAGGUCGAAUCGGAGCUCUCCAAUGUCUGCGCGGGGAUUCUAGGUCUGCUGGACUCGCAGCUGAUUCCUUCUGCCUCGAGUAGCGAAUCCAAAGUCUUUUACUUGAAAAUGAAAGGAGAUUAUCACCGGUACCUUGCGGAGUUCAAGGUUGGGGAUGAGAGAAAAUCCGCCGCCGAGAACACCAUGUUGGCCUACAAGGCUGCUCAGGAUAUUGCGGCUACUGAUCUGGCUCCUACGCAUCCGAUAAGGCUUGGAUUGGCGCUUAAUUUCUCGGUGUUUUAUUACGAGAUUCUCAAUUCCUCAGAGAAAGCCUGUGCAAUGGCGAAGCAGGCUUUUGAGGAAGCUAUUGCUGAACUCGAUACACUUGGCGAGGAGUCUUACAAGGACAGCACUCUCAUCAUGCAAUUGCUGAGGGACAACCUCACUCUUUGGACCUCUGAUAUGCAGGAACAGAUAGAUGAGGCUUGAGGAUCUGUUAUGCUCCUCGAAGGAGGUGGGCUUGAAUGUCAUAAAUAUUCUGUAAACAUAAAUAUUUCUGUAAACUGCAUGUGGCUAAGUUACAUUAUUGUCGUUGUAUGCAUACCAUGCACUCUUUCAAUUUGCUCUCUUUUUCCUCACCUUUUAUCUUUUACCCCGGUUAAAGAAUGUACUAAUGAAUCAUCAUAAAUUCAUAAUUAUAGUGUUUUUUUUCCUGUA